CACACGAGAGCUUCUUCUUGGUGGUGCCUCAGGCAUACUUCUGGUGAAACGAAACUACCCAGUGCCAGCCUGGUUUGGGUGCCCGUGUUCAUUUCUUUCGAGCAGUAUGGAUGAAGAAACAGACACGUCUCCAGAUCUCAGCUCGGUUGCUCCGUCCGCUGUAGUGUGUGAUGUGUGCACAGGAAGGAAGCGUAAAGCAGAGCAGUCCUGUUUGCAGUGUUUGGCUUCCUACUGCGAGGAUCAUUUGGACACGCACAACAUUCUGUACGCAAACGCGAAGAGGCACAAGAUGGUCGUGGCUACGGGGAGACUGGAAGACUGCGUCUGUCCUGAGCACGACAAACUCAUGGAGGUUUUCUGUCGCACAGAUCAGCAGUGCAUAUGUCACUUGUGCAUUACGAGUAAACAUAGAGCUCAUGACGUUGUCUCGAUUGAAUAUGAGGUGGCAGAUGUAAAAUCUAAGCUCGGGGCCACGAAGAAGGAGAUUACUGGCAGGAUUGAAACCAGACAGAGAGAAAUGCAAGAAUUACAACAAGCAAUCGAUUCUUUCAUGGCUUCAUCAAAGCAAGCAGUGGAGGAGAAUGACAAAAGCUUUACAGAGCUCAUCGACUACAUUGAGAAGAGACAGCGUGAAGCCAAGGAGAUGAUCUCGGCUCGGAAGGAAGACGCCGUCAGGACGGCUGAGGAACUUUUGGAGAGGCUGCCAUCAGAGAUCAAAGAUCUGAAGAAGCGAGAGUUCGAGCUACAGCACCUGGAGCAUCUCUCGGAAUUAGAGAACGGUGUCCAUUUCCUAAAGGGGAUUUUGUCCACUCCGCCCCUUUCUUCAUCCUCAUCUUCCUCCCCUGUGCUCUUCGUCCAUCCAUACAUCUCGUUCACGCUCGCCACUGAAGCUGUCUCGGACCUUCUAAGGGAGAUUAAAGAUCUUUGCACUUUGCACUUCACUAACAUCUCUAAACAUGUGAAGAUGGCAGAUAUUCUGAAAUCACCCGUUUUGAAACUUCGGGAAGUUUUCCUGCAGAAUGCCUCCAAGCUCACGCUGAACCCUGACACAGCACACACCUCCAUCCGUUUGUCCAAAGAAAACGGGCAGUUGACUACCAUGCAUGAAGCACAGGAUUACCCCGAGCAUCGGGCCAGAUUCGACAGCAGAGCGCAAAUCCUUUGCAACGAGCGCCUUCAGGGUGCCCCAAAGUAUUGGGAAGUGGAGAUCGGAGGCCCCAACUGGGUGUGUCUCGCUGUGUCCUACAUCGGAAUCACCAGGAAAGGAAAACGAGGUUGUCUCUUUGGAAGAAAUCCUUGUUCCUGGUGUUUACGCUGUUAUCCCUUUUCCUAUGAAUUCUGGCACAAUAAUAAGAGCAUAUCCGUUAAAUAUGACAAGCGUUGCUCAAGGAUCGGGGUGUACCUGGAUCACGGAUUAGGUAUUCUAGAGUUUUACAACGUCUCAGAUGAUAUGAGUCUCAUCUAUAAGGCGCAAACCAAGUUCACAGAGCCUGUGUAUGCUGGGUUUGGACUGGCAGGGAAGGGCACUCAUAUUAAGCUCUGUGAUUUGGAAGAAGAUAAGGUCAUGUGUUAGGGGAAAAAAGGAUGAAGAAAAUGGAACAG